GGGGGGGGGGCUGGCUCUACAAAACCCCUGCAGCAUCCCAGAAGGUACCCCAACACUCAGCCUCCACCACGGACACAGGGAGAGGACAACCAUCAUCAUCCUCCCAGUUCCAUCACGAGCGAAAGUGAGGAGGAGGAGCCAGCCUAGAGAGAAGCCGACGCUCCCAGCAGGUGCCGACAAGUGAGGAAGCGGAGAGAUGGAGAAGAAUCUGUGAGAGCAGAAGACAACCUGAGCUUGGAAAAGACGGUUUUGGAAUCUGCAGCUGCCGUGUUCCCAGUUUUCCUGCUGCUCCACAUCCUCGCUGCCAUGCUGCGUCCUGUGCUGCUUUGUGCCGCUCUGCUCCUCCUGACUCCCUUUGAGAUCUCCGAGGCUCGUGCUCUGCAUCCUUCUCCCGAUGCUGCGCAGUUCCUGGAGCGCUACAACGACCUUCUGACUCUGGAUGACCUGGAGAACCUGUUGAACAGCGGGACGACGGAGGAGCAGUCCACGGUCUCUGGGGUCAAAGGGGCUGAGAACCCCAAAUGGGGGGACGUGCAGACGCAGCCCGAGAACCCCUGGGUCUGGCUGCUGAAGGGGGCUCUGGCCAAUCAGAGGAGAGCGGAGCCGGAACGCUCUCGGAGGGGGUGGAACAGAGGAUGCUUUGGCUUGAAACUGGAUCGGAUCGGGUCCAUGAGUGGACUUGGCUGUUAGUGGAGAGACUGAUGAUGUCUGAGUUAAAGAAAACCUCACUUCACCCACAGAAAGAUGUUUCCGUGUUGUUCCUCUAUAGUUUGGUGUUGUGGUUUCGGCCAGCGUAGAUUAGAUUCUUCACACUUCACUCCAAACACAAAAGUAGGAUGUUUAAUCUGUUCCCAUAAUCAUCCCGUGUGCCGUGACCGUAGAGGUGUUUGGGAUUUCUCUGUAAAAGCAUCCGUGAAGGCUGUAGCACCUGUAAUCCCUGCAGUUUAUUUCUAUGUUCACUUAUGAUUUGCAUGAAUAAAUGGAUUUGACAUUUGUGA